AUGGGUUUGCUAUCGUUUGGAGAACCGCUCAGUCAUCCGGAGAAUAGGAAACACGCGGCACACGUGCGGAGACACGGAAUCAAACAAUUCAUUAAUAUCUAUAACCAAAACAAAGACCGAAUCGACCGGUGCUUCAAAUGGGGCGAUGAGAUCGAGUACGUGAUCGUCCGCUUCGAUCACAACAACCAAAAAGUUAGACUAAGUCUUCGCCCGAAAGACAUUUUGGAGGUUAUGGACGAAAGGGAGGCGAGAGAGGGACCAAAGUGUGAGGUGUUGUGGCGGCCAGAGUACGGCUCGUUUCACAUCGAGGCCACACCCGGACAGCCGUACGGACACCAAAACGAAAUGAAUAGCAAAAAGUCAAUGAAUUGUUGGUUUAAUAACGUGGAGAAUAAUAUGAGAGAAAGGCGUCGAGAUAUCAAACAUCUUCUCGGACCGGAUGAAGCUUUACUUUGUUUGGGAAAUUUUCCAAGGUUGGGUUGCGAUGACAUUAGUGUGCCGUACAGUAGUCCCGAUCCCCUAAACAGCUCAACGGGCAGUAUCUUUGUGUCGGAUGUGUUGACAAAUAGCGCUCAUCCGAGAUAUAUAAAGACGGGCUAUAAUAUAGUUCAACGCAGAGAAAAGAAGAUCACAAUCAAUAUUCCCAUUUUUAAAGACACCAAAACUCCCGACCCUUUCAUUGAGUUGUUUAACGAUAAGGAGUCCAAUAGAGAGGCAAAAGUGGAUCACAUUUAUUUGGACGCACCCGUACUGGGAAUGGGCUGCUCUUGUCUUCAAGUUACAAUGCAGGCCACGAAUAUAGAGGAGGCGUUUGUAUUGAAUGACCAGUUGUUGCCGUUAACGCCUAUUAUGACGGCGUUAAGCGCAGCCACUCCUAUAUUUAGGGGCUAUUUAUCAGACUAUGACUGCCGAUUGGAGGCCUCUUCCGCGUCGAUGGACGACAGAACUCCUGAAGAACGGGGAGAGAGACCCCUAAAACAUGAUAAAUUCAGGAUUCAUAAAUCGCGAUGCGCCCCUUUAAACACAUAUCUGUGCGAAUGUAAUGCUAGAUAUAAUGAUAAUCCCAUUGUCUAUAAUACGGAGUUUUAUGAUGAGAUGAUCAGCGCCGGAGUGACACCAUCUCUGGCCCAACACAUGGCAUAUGUGUUCAUAAGAGACCCGACGGUUACUUAUUGGGAGAAAUUGGAUCAAAACGAUAGCACAGAAACGGAUCACUUCGAGAAUAUUCAGUCGACUAAUUGGCAGACAAUGAGGUUUAAACCGCCGCCUCUUAACCAACAGUCCAUCGGUUGGAGAGUAGAGUUCCGUCCGAUGGAGAUCCAGAUGACUGACUUCGAAAACGCCGCCUUUUCUGUCUUCACU